CACAUCACACAGAGAGAUAUUCCGAUCGUUGCAGUGGUCUUGCCAGGGGGACUGUGCACAGAACCGCCUUUUGGGAUCUGUGGAGUAUGUGGGAGAUUGUUUUAAAUGCCCAGCCCUGCUUCUACCGGGGCCCAGGAGUGUGUAAGAGAAAGUCAAGGAAAGUUCUUGCCCUCAGGAGUUUUCUGUCCUGCCAGGAUUCCUUGGGUAGGCCGGGAGAAAGGUCAGGAUGAAUGAGUGAAUAGUUUGAGUAGUUUAGUAUCUCAGAAGGUAGCACAACUUGCUUUUUCUUUUAAAUGUGACAAACUCGGGGCUCAGCCUUUGGCUCCCAGGACUUUUUGGCAGAGUGAAUGAAAAUGAAAGAACAAAAGCCAUGGAGUUGGUGAAUCAGAUCAAGUGACAUCCCUCUAAAACCAGAAAAACUGGCCUGGGCCUGCAGGACAGCACCAAAGUCCGGGUCACUUCCAAGGAGAGGUAGCUGCUUCAGUGGGGUCAGGGUGGGGACACUAGGAAGGAUGUGGCCAUCACAUACCUUUCACAUUACUCUUUAGGUGAGGACAGUGACCCCAGGGAACUCCCUAACAACUGUGUGCCCUGGGAAGGUAGCCUGAGAGCGAUCACUUGAGAGACUGGGGGAGGGGCUUAGGGGGAAGAUCUCAGGCAGGGGCUAAUGCCCAGGGUGGGAGCCCUACCUGGACCCCUGGUUGGAACCUUCCAGGGGCCAGGGAGGAGCAGAAUGAAGGCCCUGAGACCCUGAGGGGACCAUAGAGGGACAGGAAGGGUAGAGCAGUGAGAGAGGAAGAAGCCCCUAAACAGCCAUCACCAAAGGAAAGCUUCUGAAGCCUGGCCUCAUGCACAGUCUUCACCUUGAAACCCGGCAGGCAGUUUGGGAGCGAGGGUGAGGGGGGAACUAGGUCUUUAGGAAGCAGCUUUCUAGGUUUCAGAAUAGAAGGGAUGAACUGGGAUGUUCUUAAGUGGCGAAUUAUUCAAGACGGCUGGGAAGCUCUUAGAAAUAAAACAGUGGUACCCUUGAGGAAAUAAGGCAGUGACUAGAAGCUAAUAUGAGUGCAUGAGAAACCCCCUGUUGAAGGAAAUUGGAAAAUAGGUGGAAAGAAGGACAUGUAAUUAAAGAUGAAGGCAGCAGAGCGUCCAGAGUGAGCUGCAGCUUGUGGUCAAUCUCAGGACGACCAAGAGUGACAGGCAGCGCCUGCGGUCGGAGGUCAGUGGCACGAUGGAAGGACGAGCGGAAAGAAGCCAGAGCGACCUGAGUUCUGUUUGCGUCUUUUCUUUCGAGCUUGAAAAACUGGAAGUGGCAGUGGUCACAACUGAAAGAGCCAAACAUUUCUACAGCCCCCAGGACAUUCCUGUUACCCUCUACAGCGACGCAGAUGAAUGGGAGAUGUGGAAGCACCGAUCUGACCCAGUUCUCCACAUUGACCUGCGGAGGUGGGCGGAUCUUUUGCUGGUGGCUCCUCUUGAUGCCAACACUCUGGGGAAGGUGGCCAGUGGCAUCUGUGACAAUUUGCUCACCUGUGUCAUCCGGGCCUGGGACCGCAGAAAGCCCCUGCUCUUCUGCCCAGCGAUGAACACCGCCAUGUGGGAGCACCCAAUCACCUCGCAGCAGGUGGGUCAGCUCCAGGCCUUCGGCUAUAUCGAGAUACCCUGUGUGGCCAAGAAGCUGGUGUGUGGCGACCAAGGUCUGGGGGCCAUGGCUGAGGUGGGCACUAUUGUGGACAAAGUGAAGGACGUCCUUUCCCAGCAAGCCGACUUCCAGCAGAGUUGAACUGAGGACCUCUGUUGUGUGCUCCUGUGUACCCCAGUGUGUUAUCAGGCCGAGUCAGUGAAGGUGGGCAUUGGCAAAAUAUGGUGGGGAUUCUCCUUUGCGGAAUAGAGACCUGGCCUGGGCCUGCUCCUUAGUCUCCCAGGGCCUGACUUGCCCCAGACUAAAUUGGACCAAAAGCCCAGGACUCAACUUCUUUCAACCAAGAGACAUCAGCUAUCUGGAGCUCCUCCUCACCUUUCCCUGGGAUGGGCCCAGCAAGCCAGAGGAGCAAACUGCCGUAUUGUCCUGUGCCUCUGGAAGAGGCCUGAGGAAUACUGACCGACUUUGAUUCUACAUCAUGCCUGGAAACCGCCUUUGGAGCUCCAGCUGCCGUGCAGAAUCCGGAAAGCCUGCAAGUUGGCAAGACCCUGAGAUUUCCCACUGACCAUGCUGUGAGACGUAGGUACUGGGAAAUAAAGUGAAGUGGCCUUUUGGGAAA